AUGAAGAAACCAAAUAAUAAGCCAAAAUUUAUUAACACACGUAAAGUUCUUCGAAAACAAAAAAGACAAGAAAAGAAAGUAAAACGAAAAGAACAUUAUCUUAAAAAGAAUAUCGAUUCUACUGAGCUCCAACGGGCCAACUCACCGGGAAAGUUUGUAAAAAUAAGACCCGAAACAACUCAAUCUGACAAUGUUGUCAAGAAAACUAAGAAACCGAAAAACCCGCCUACAGUUCAAGAAUUAUUAAAAUUAGAGCAAGAAAAAGAGAAAAGAGCUGCCGAUAAAUUAAAAUCGAUGAUGACUGAACAGAGAAAGAAGAUGUUGUUAGAAGCGAACGAUGCAGAGGAUAAGAUUAUCAAGAAGCUAGAGAAACAGCUCGGAUUGAACAAGACUCGCAAUAAAAAUAACUUUUUUGCUGACGACGGCCUUGAUUAUUUAUUAGAAGUGUGUGAUAGAACGACGUCAGAACAAAUUGUUGCAGCGGAAAAACAUUUGGCUGAUGUUGAAAGAGAUUCCGACUUUGAAGAUGAUUUGGCUGCAGUUACAGGAAAAGAGACGCAACGAAAACAGAAAAAGGAGAAAGAUAUAGCAGAAGAUAAAAAUGAUGAUGAUGAUAUUGAUGAAGAUGAUGAAAUGGAUGAAGAUGAUGAAAUUGAUGAAGAUGAUGAAAUCGAUGAAGAUGAUGAAAUGGAUGAAAAUGAUGAAAUAAGUGAAGAUGGAACUGAUUUUAAUGAUGUUGGAGAAUCUGAUGAUAAUGGAGAAUCUGACAAUGAUGAAGAUGAUGAUGAUGAAGAACCACAACAAAAAAAGUCGAAUAAUAAAAUACCAAGCAAUAAGAAUAAGACAAAGGAAAAGGUGGUCGCUGAAGAGGAUUUGAGUAAAAUAUUUAGUGAUGAUGAAGUAUCACAUUUAUCAGAUGAUGAUGAUUUAAGUGAAAUUGAAGAAAAUCCAAAAAUAGAUAAAGAAAAGCCGGAUGUAUGGGAAGAUAUUUAUGGAAGGAAAAGAGAUAAAGAUGGGAAUAUUAUUAAGGAGGAAAAAGGCGUUUAUAUCCCACCACAUUUGAGAAACAAGGAUUCGACUUCUGAGAAAGAGAUGGCUCAACUGAAACGCCAAGUUAAAAGCGUUCUCAAUAAAUUGGCUGGUACGAAUCUUCACUGGGCUUGCACCAGUAUAGAGAAUCUAUACACCAGUAAUAGUAGACACUCGAUGAAUACAGUACUAACAUCUCUAUAUAUGGAGGGAGUUAUUGGGAGGUCAAUGACCCCGGAGAGAAUGCUUGCCGAGCAUGCGGCAAUGAUAUCUGUCUUACAUGCUAAUAUUGGAUCAGAAAUUGGAGCACAUUUCUUGGAAGAGUUGUGUAAGAGGUUUGACUCAAUGAUGAACACAUCACAACCCGUUGAGGACAAGACAUUGGACAAUCUAGUUGCCUGCUUGGCACAUUUGUAUUGUUUCAAGCUGUAUCAUUCCACGUUACUGUUCGAUAUUCUGUCACGUCUGACGCACACGUUGUCUGAGAAGUGUAUAGACGUGUUGUUGGUGUGCGUAAGGUGCGCCGGCGCAGCUCUGAGGAAGGACGCGCCGCUCGACCUCAAGACCUUCAUACAUGACACACAGGCGAGGAGCACCAAGAUGGGGAGUGACGUCACCGACGGGUCCCGUAUAAAGUUUCUGCUAGAAGUACUGCUGGCUAUUAAGAAUAAUAAUUUAAACAAAAUACCCAACUAUGAUCCGAGCUAUGUGGAACACUUGAAGAAGAUGACUCGGAGUAUAGUGAGGAAAGGGAAUUAUAUAACACCAUUAAAUAUACGACUGGAGGAUCUAUUGAAAGCUCAAGAACGCGGCAAGUGGUGGGUGGUGGGAUCGGCGUGGGAGGGACAGGCUGAAGUUACAGAUAACAAACACACGGACAAACAAACACACACACACGCCGACCAGAGAUUGAUGGAGCUAGCUAGGAAACAGAGAAUGAAUACUGACGUUAGAAGGAGCAUCUUCUGUGUUAUUAUGUCUGCUGAGGACUAUAUGGAUGCUUUUGCCAAGUUAGAGCAGCUAUCGUUGAAGGGUCAGCAGCAGCGUGAAGUUCCUCAUGUAUUAUUGUCAUGCUGUCUCCAUGAGAAAACAUAUAACCCAUACUACAGUGUGUUGGCUGAUAAAUUGUGCAGCGUAGAUAGGAAAUAUCAGCUAUCAAUACAGUAUUCUGUGUGGGAUAAAAUAAAGGAGAUUGAAUCUUUAUCCAAGCAGUCAAUGACCAACUUGGCACAGUUUCUCAUUCAUCUGUUUAUAUCCAAAGCACUGCCGCUAUCUAUACUCAAGAUCAUCCAAUUCUCAGAUUUAAACAAGAAGACGGUCUGCUUCAUGAGACAGAUACUUCUAGCUAUAAUAAUGAAUGAUAAUUUGCAAGCAUCAUUGGAAGUAUUCUAUAGGAUAGCCAAACCACCAAAACUACACAUGUUUAGAGAGAGUUUGAGAUUGUUCAUACAACACUUCUUAAUAAAGAACGCUGGCAAACAGAAUACAGUGCUGAGUGAAGAAGAAAUGACGACAUUGAAGGAACGGGCCCAGGAACCUCUAGGAUCUAGUGCGAACGCAGGAUGGACGCCAUUCGUGCGAGAUAAAUUGUGGCUUCGCUCACGUAGCGACAGUGCGUGCAUCAGUGGCGGGCGUGGAGUAUGCUAUAUGUGUGACUGGUCCGGUCGGGUGGCCUCGGAGUGUGGAGUGUGUGGAGAGUGCAGAGAGUACGGAGGGUGUACGGCAGCUUCGGCUGAGCAGGCAGGGCGGAGAGGCAUGGCGGGCGCGAGGUGA